AUGGAGUCUUCCACCAACGUCGUCCACAACGACGUCAAGGACGCCAACGACGCUCCGAAAGACGCGCUUAACGAGCCUAGCAACGACCAAGAGCCUUCGGCUUCCACUACUCUCAGUACUUCCAACCCUCGAACCCGUCCAGCUGAGGAAUCCAAUUUCCCAGAGUCUCCACAUGUUAACGGAAAGGAAAAGACGUCGGAGAUUCAGCAGAAGCCUCUUCAGAAGCCCUCUGCUUUCUCCAGAUUUGUUCGGAAGCUCAUACCCUGCAUACCCUGCAUACCCUCUUCCCCUCGUUCUCAAACUAUUGAGAUUGAUACUCCUACUCCAGCUCCCAUAGCUCCGUCAGAAAAUGAUUUAACUGGAAUUGUUAAAACUCCGGAAAGAGACACGUCAGAAGCACCACAGUCGGCCAGGGACGAAUCUCCGGCCCAACGCCCAAGUGCAGCACCAUCAGACUCGCUUCCUCCACUGACAAUACCCGCUCCUUCCUCGGACACUGAGGUAAUUGUGCCCACGACACCGACCAACCAACUUCUUCCCAUUUCCGAGACCGAGGGUGUUACUUCUGGUGCUGUCGUUCCGCCAGGUGCCAGUGGCACCAUAAACAAAAGACAUUCUCAUCAUUCAACGUCAGUUACUAAUGGAAUUACACCAGACCCUGAAGAAACGGACGGAUCCAGCUUCACAGAGGAUGAGGAGACGGAAGAUGUCCAGCAUCUGGAUGAUGUUGAGGACGAAGAAGACAGACUGAUUACGAACGGAGGUGCAGGUAUUCCCAUAGGUUCUGAUGGAGUCCCAAAACCAUUGUUACCACCGAUUGCUCCCCAGCAUGCCGGCAGAAAGUGUCUUGUGCUUGAUUUAGACGAAACCCUCGUGCACAGUAGUUUCAAGUCCAUACAACAUGCUGACUUUGUGGUGCCCGUGGAAAUUGAAUAUCAUUGGCAUAAUGUGUAUGUUAUCAAGCGCCCAGGGGUCGAUAACUUUCUGAAGAAAAUGGGCGAGUUGUACGAGAUUGUUGUUUUCACUGCCAGCUUGAGCAAGUACGCGGAUCCGGUCCUGGAUAGACUCGACACUAGUCACACCAUUACACACCGUCUUUUUAGAGAAAGCUGUUAUAACCAUAGAGGAAACUACGUCAAGGAUCUUUCGCAACUCGGCCGACCAAUAGGCGAUACCAUCAUCCUUGAUAACUCUCCAGCAUCCUACAUCUUCCACCCAAACAAUGCCGUGCCAGUUUCCUCGUGGUUUAACGAUCCGCACGACACAGAGCUAACUGAUCUCGUUCCGUUCCUCGCAGACUUAAGCGCUGUCGACGAUGUCAGAGGUGUGCUUGAUGGCGCGCGGUGA